AUGGUGGCGCACAUGGCUCAGUGUGCACUAGCCGACUUGAUCGUCGACAGUCAAACAGAAGCCGAGGUGUUACGACAUCUCGAGAUAGAAACCGGGGGAACACCGCACCUCAACCCGGACGAGCCCCACGCCAAGAAACCACGGGUCGACAAGACCCACAGCAAAACAGCUGCAGCCCUACACCACAUCAAAACAAAAGCAAUGCAGCGACUGGCUUCCGCCGACAACCACAUCUAUAUUACGUACUAUGACAUACAGCACGACAUUGACAUCGUUCUCGAGUGGCUAAAUGGCCACAUGCACGCGAUGGCAACGGCAACUCGUGGGGAACCGCAAAACUGGAGAGCUGCGGGGGAAUACCAGGACUAUGAUGCGGGCAUCCAAAACACCGCGAGCGUCCUCCGGCUGAUGGGGGGAGCACUUCAAGGUGUACAGUCUGAGCCCAGCAACAGAGAGUACUGGUUACAACUCGUGGACGUGACCUCCUACCUUGCCGCGGUCGAGGCCGGGGAAGCUGUUGCGCACCCCGCAGACGUCAUCGCUGCAAACCGGGGAGUCAUAUAUGUCAUACAGUCCCACUUGGCACGUGAACGGCGGUUGAACAAGCGCUACAACCUGUCCUACCUCCUGGCGGGGGAGCCCCUCAAGAAGCCGAUUCAGAUGAACGUCGGGGGCAUGCCGGGGGAGUACCUGCACAGCAAGUUGGUGGCGACGCAGCCCACCAAGUCGGGGGAGCGAGUUCUUCAGAUGGCAUGGUACCAUGGUGGGUACGUGAACGGCACCAUGGCCUUGGAAAUGCGGCGCAAAACCUUCACUCGCCGACAGAGAACUACGCGAGUAACGAAAGCAGCCCGGCGGAACACCGUCGACGCCGCCUACAUGGUGCCUUCCAUGACCGGCACGGGCCAGUGUGAGAGGCGACCUCGGUGA